AUGGGGACGGCGGCAGCAGGCUGGCUCAUCGGCAAGGUGCUGAAUAUGCUGUCCGAUGACUUGGUGGCCGCAUACGUGGACAGCAAACAGCUCGGGCUCAACUCCGAGAAGAUCAAAGGUGAUCUCAUGCGUACACGUGGACUUUUGCAAGCCGCCCAGGCGAGGGGCAUGGGCGACAAUGAUGGUCUGCGUGAGCUGCUGCAGGCGCUCAACGCCAAAUCCCAUGAAGCUGAGGACGCACUGGAUGAGCUCCACUACUUCGUCGUCCAGGACCAGCUUGACGGCACCCGGUACGCGGUGCCAGAUCUUGGUGAUGGCCUAUCCGGUCUUCUUCAACAUGGUUGUCAUGCCGUUCGCCACACCAUUGGUAAUUGUCUUGCAUAUUUUUCUUGUUCGUGUGUGCAUGAUGGUGCUGGUGCUGCCGCUGCCGAUAAUCCAUCCAGUUCAACCAACCCUGGCAACGGCAAUGAUGCUCCAUUUGAGAGGCUGACAUUUGACAGAGUUGCCAUGUCCAAGAAAAUUAAGUCAGUGAUACAAGAAAUGCACUCUCUAUGUGCGUCUAUCGCUGAGUUGCUCCACAUAGAUCCAGACCAUAUCAACACUCCAAAUGUCACCCUAAAACGCCCUAUUACAAGUUCAGUCAUUGCACAAGUUACACUGUAUGGUAGGACAGCUAUUUUUGAGAAAACUAGAAAGGAUAUUAUUGGUGGCACAUAUCAGAAUAAAACCCUUUCCGUUCUUCCUAUAGUUGGUCCAGGGGGUAUUGGAAAGACAACCUUCACCCAACAUCUAUAUAAGGAUAAAAGCAUAGAAGAGCAUUUUGAUGUUCGGGUUUGGGUAAGUGUACCAACUGAUUUUGAUCUGCUUAAGGUCAGCCAACAAAUCCUUAGCUGUAUAGAAGGAAGCAACACAGAAAAUCAAACAACAAGUUUAGACCAGCUCCAAAAAUCCAUCGCACAAAGGCUUCAGUCUAAACGGUUUCUAAUUGUCUUUGAUGAUAUGUGGAAAUGCAACAUCCAUGAUUGGGAUAACUUGUUAGCUCCAUUCAAGGAGGAGGUAUUAUCCAUGGGCAACAUGGUUCUUGUCACAACUCGAAUCCCAACUAUAGCUAAUAUUGUGAAAACAACACAUGCAGUAGCACUAAAAGGACUUGAGCCUGCUGAAUUAUUCAGAUUAUUUGAAGAAAUAAUUUAUUUUGGAACAAAGCCUGAGGAUUAUCGAGAUGACUUAACUCACAUUGCAAGAAAAAUUUCAGAGAAGUUAAAGGGUUCACCUCUAGCAGCCAAGACAGUUGGUCGAUUAUUGAAGAGGGACAUUUCUCUGGAGCAUUGGGUGGGAGUUCUUGAACACAAUGAGUGGCAAAAAGAGCAAAAUGAGCAUGACAUUAUGCCAUCUCUAAGGAUUAGUUAUCAUAACCUUCCUUUGCAUCUGAAAAGAUGUUUCUCAUAUUUUGCAUUGUUCCCUGAAGAUUAUAAUUUCAAGAACUUAGAAAUCACAUACUUUUGGAUUUCCAUAGGAGUCAUAAACAAAGAGGAUAAAUAUGUGGAUGAAUUUGUGGACAAUGGGUUUCUCGUGACGGACAAUGAUGGUUCUGAGGAUCAUUACUAUGUAUUGCAUGAUUUAUUGCAUGAACUAUCUCGGAGUAUUUCAUCACAAGAAUGUCUCAAUAUAUAUAGUAGUGAAAGUUUUAGAUCUGAUGUCAUUCCACGAUCUAUUCGCUACAUAUCCAUCACCAUGGGAAAUAGUUGCGAUGCAAUUUUUAGGAGAGAAAUGUUUGAAUUGAAGAGCAAGAUAGAUAUUGUAAAUUUACGGGCUUUGAUGAUCUUUGGAAAAUACGGAACGGUCAUUCAUGAGACUUUGGAGGAUACUUUCAAGGAAGUUGGGAGACUCCGUGUCCUAUUUAUAGAAUUUAAUUCCCUAGAAACCUGGCCGCACAACUUUUCAAAACUUAUCCACCUCCGAUGCCUCAAAAUUAGUACAUCAUUAUUCAGCUCACAAGUGACUUUGCCCAUUACACUAUGCGGGUUUUAUCACUUAAAAUUAUUGGACUUAAUAGGUUGGCAUGGCAGUGUUAAAUUGCCUAAAGACUUUAGCCGCCUAAUAAGUUUACGACAUUUAUUUGCUAAAAAUGAACUCCAUUCCAAUGUUACUAUGGUUGGAAAGAUGAAGUAUUUAAAAGAGCUUAAACAAUUCUAUGUCAAGAAAGAGAGUGUUGGAUUUGAAUUGAGUGAGCUGGGGAAAUUAACAGAGCUUGGAGGUGAACUCAAUAUAUAUAAUCUUGAAAAGGGGGCAACUAAGGAAGAGGCUAUUGAAGCCAAAAUGUUCGGUAAAAGGGAUUUAAAGAAGUUGCACCUAGUAUGGAGUACAAACCAACAUAACCUGGAGUCUGAUGUUCUUGAUGGUCUUGAACCACAUUGUAAUCUGGGAGCACUUGGCAUUAUAGAUCAUGGUGGUUCAGUCGGUCCUAGAUGGUUGUGUCAUGACAUUAGGAUGGAGAUGCUCAAGUCUGUCCACCUAGAGGGUGUAUCUUGGGUCGCUCUUCCACUUCUUGGACAGCUACUACAUCUCACGUCACUCACGCUGAGUCGCAUAUCUAGACUUGGUCAGAUCAGACCUGGCCUUUGUGGCGUUACGGAUAAAAGUUUCAUGCAAUUGAAGCAGAUUAUUCUUCAUAGUUUGCCAGAAUUUAUCGAGUGGGUUGGGGUGCCUAACGCCCAUUCGUUUUCAAAGCUUGAAUACAUCCAUUGCAGCUCAUGUCCCAAUCUAUGUGUGCUGCCCUUCCUGCAGGAGGGCAAUAAUGUCUCUUAUAACCAUCUGGUGAAACUUGAGAUUCUGAGUUGCCCAAAGUUGUUCCUGCCGUCCAUGCCUCACACUUCAACAAUAACUGAUGUUGUGGCUGCUGAUGCAUCUCCAGUCAGCACAGGGAUUUCAUGGCACAGUGGACAUGGUUUGUAUUUGACGAGGUAUAGUGGUGUAUUAGCUUGGCACAAUAUAACCGACAAACUACAGAGCAUCAAAUUUGUAAGGGGUCAGAGAUCCAAUGGGAACAACUCUCAAAGAUAA